AUGAAGAAGGCUGCUUUCUUGGCUUGUUUGUUAGCGGAGCUAGCUCUGACAGCCUUUGUUCUGGCCUCGGAGGGCGGCGCUGCUCAUUGUCCUGCAUUGUGCCGGUGUGAGAUACGACCCUGGUUCUCUCCAAGCUCUAUUUAUACCGAGGCUCCCACGGUGGACUGUAAUGACUUAGGCCUAUCGACAAUGCCAGAGAGACUGCCCUCAGACACACAGGUGCUAUUGUUACAGACCAACAAUAUCAUCAGUGUUGAAAAACCUUUGGAUUACCUGGCUAAUAUCACAGAGAUAGAUUUAUCCCAGAAUAACAUAUCGUCUAUGAGCGAUGUCCAUCUGGGUCCUCUUCCCCAGCUGCUGUCACUGCACAUGGAGGAGAACUGGAUUCAUGCCCUGUCAGACAACUGUCUCCCAUCCCUGCCCAACCUCCAGGAGUUUUACAUCAACCACAACCUGAUCUCAUCCAUCAGUCCUGGUGCCUUUAGAGGGCUAGGGAGGCUCCUGCGGCUCCAUCUCAACUCCAACCACCUCAGGGGCAUCAACAGGGUGUGGUUUCAGCCUCUGCCCCGCCUGGAGAUCCUGAUGAUUGGGGAGAACCCCAUUGUUCAAUUGUCAGACAUGAACUUCAAGCCCCUGGUCAACCUACGCAGCUUGGUUCUGGCCAGGAUGAAUCUUUCCGAAAUCCCAGAUGACACUCUGGUCGGCCUCGACAACCUGGAGAGUGUUUCGUUUUUUGACAACCUGUUUGACAGAGUGCCACAGGCCGCUCUGAAGAAAGCCAAGAGCCUGAAGUUUCUGGAUCUCAACAAGAACCCCAUCGAGAGGAUUCAGAGAGGGGACUUUGUGGACAUGAUCCACCUCAAAGAGUUGGGCAUCAACAGCAUGCCUGCGCUGGUGUCCAUCGACAGCUUCGCCCUCAACAAUCUCCCUGAGCUGACCAAGAUCGAGGCCACCAACAACCCCAAGCUCUCCUACAUCCACCCCAAUGCCUUCCACAAGUUGCCGAGACUCGAAACACUGAUGCUGAACAGCAAUGCCCUCAGCGCCUUGCACCACAGCACUGUGGACUCCCUGCCCAACCUGCGUGAGGUUAGCAUGCACAGCAACCCCAUCCGCUGCGACUGCGUCAUCCGCUGGAUCAACAUGAACCAGACCGGCGUGCGCUUCAUGGAGCCAGAUUCCCUCUUCUGCGUGGAGCCGCCGGAGUACCAGGGCCAGCACGUCCGCAAGGUCCACUUCAGGGAGAUGACCGAGAUUUGCCUCCCGCUCAUCUCGCCCGGGAGCCUCCCAGAUCGUGUCACCGUUGGGAAAAGGAGCUCGGUGACGCUUCACUGCCGGGCAUUCGGGGAGCCGGAGCCAGAGAUAUACUGGGUCACCCCCUCCGGGGACAGAGUCCUGCCCAACAGUGUGUCUGAUAAGUACUACAUGCAUCCAGAGGGGACCUUUGACAUCUAUGACACUACCAUGCUUGAGGCAGGGCUGUACACCUGUGUCGCUCACAAUCUUGUUGGUGCAGACCUCAAGUCUGUGUUGUUGGUGGUAGAUGGAUACUUUCCACAUCCUUCUGAUAAUGGCAAUGCUUUACAUGUGGACGUUAGAUCAGUGCAGCCCGACUCUGUUUUGGUGUCUUGGGAUAAUACUCAUGGUGGUCUUAUAUCCAAUAUAAAGUGGUUCACAAUGGCGAAUGCUAAGCAUCCCUCCAUGGCAUACACUGCUAGAGUACCAACCGAUGUGAAGGUGUAUCGUCUCACCCACCUGAACCCCUCCACCCAGUACUGGGUGUGUGUGGAAGUCACGAGCAUGCAGCUCGGACACAACAGGGACUGUGUCAAUGUCACCACAAAGGGACUGGCUCACACCGUGGAGAGCAGUGAGAAGUGGGACACAGUGGUGAUGGCUGCAUGUGCUGUGCUUUUCAUCGUGGUUGCUGUGGCUUGCUCCAUCAUAUACACAUCUCUGCAAAGCCAACACUUUUACAGGAAGUUGAUGGUGGACCAAACUGAGUCAAUGCUGGGUCCUAGCACCCGCCCCGGCUCCGCCUCUUCUCUCACAGAACUCUGUGGGGCUGGAGUCAAGGUGAAGGUGACCGUAAUAGACUUGCCAGACAACUCCAUGUAA